UUAUGCUAAUUUUCUGUACAAGUAACAAGCAGUACCGUUAGCAAGCUAAGUGUAACUUGGUGUUAGAGAUAACGCUAGCAGAGCCGGCUACUGUUUUGAUUUCCAAGGCCUGAAAGAAACGUAGUUAACAUCGCUAGUCUGAAAGCUAGCUAGCUGGUGAUUUAUCCGUCUGACUCAGAGAUCUAAUAACCAUCGAGCUGCCAUUGUGACCGUGUUGACAUCGAUGUUGUUGUGUUAAUAAAUAAUAUGAUCUGUAUUGAAGUGUAUUUAUGUGCUGAUCGUUUAUGGAUCUUUGCAGGAAACGCACAUAUCAAUUCCUGGGAACCAAUGAGAUAAAUCUGCCUUCUGGCUCAACCAGAUGUGGGUUAGGUUAGCAGAGGACUAGUACCCAGCUGUCAAGAAGGUCGAGAAGCAAAGGUCCAUGACAAUCAACUGUUUUUUUGGAGCCACACAGCCACAACAAAGUAACUCAGAAAGAUGAACAUCGAUGACAAGUUGGAUGGGAUUCUGAUUCAAUGUGGCACUGUGAACAUACACCACACAGCGCAAACUUUAGCAUCCUCUGUUUUGGACAAAAGGGGAGGACGAAACCUGGAUAUGUCUCUUGGAGAAAAAAGCUUGGCCAAUCAACCCCUGCUUGCUGAUGAUGACGAUGAGGAAGAUGAGGAUGACGAUCUGGCCGGUGAGACGCUGGCCUCACACAACCUUAUCUCACAUGAUGAACUUAUGGUUCAUGAGGAGACUGUGAAAAACAAUGCAGCUGGAGAACAAGAAUUCUCUCAGCGGCUUUCCCAAAAGCUACCGUAUACUCUACAAAUGCCUGUGAAUAUUAAACAGGAACUGAAGCUGACCGACCCACUAAUUCUCAAUAAAAAGGACAAGAAACAGGAGAGGGAUCUGACAGAAUCUCACAAAAAGAAAAAAAGAAAGCAGCGGUCUCCUGCAAAGAUUCUUACUAUUAAUGAAGAUGGCUCACUGGGACAUCAGAACCCAAAGUCACACGUCUGUGAGCACUGCAACGCUGCUUUUCGAACAAAUUACCACCUACAGAGACAUGUCUUUAUCCAUACGGGAGAAAAGCCUUUUCAGUGCAGUCAGUGUGACAUGCGUUUCAUUCAAAAAUACCUGUUGCAGAGACAUGAGAAAAUUCAUACAGGAGAAAAGCCAUUUCGUUGUGAUGAGUGUGGAAUGAGAUUCAUCCAGAAAUAUCAUAUGGAGAGACACAAAAGGACACACAGUGGAGAGAAGCCCUAUCAGUGUGAUUAUUGUCACCAGUACUUCUCCAGGACUGAUAGAGUUUUGAAGCAUAGACGUAUGUGCCAUGAAAAUAAGGAGAGAAAGGUCCAUAAAGCAGCUGCCAAAGUUGGCCUUCUACCCAGCACAGAAGCUCUCACAUUCUCCUUUCCAUCCAAGGAGAGCACGCUACCUAAGAAAAAGCGCCAGAAGUCCACUGAUAAGAGCAACACCGUUGUCCAAAACAUUUCUGUCCCAGAAAAAGUUGUGGAGGGUGAAGAGAAAAAAGAAGAAGACAGACUCUGCAAAAGUGAAUGUCUUCCUCUUUAUGAUGUUGCCACCAAGGUAAAGGAUGAAUAUGUAAUGACAGAAUAUUCUGUCGAACUCCCAGAUUGUUCUCCCGGAAGCAGGGAACUUACUGGGGAGGCAUCUUCUGAUGAGAUCACAACUCCAAAGAUAGUGCUGAAGAAGAUCGUUAGCAAGAAGAAUGUAAAGCAGCAGACUUUGGAACACUCACAGCCUUUGUCACCCUUGUCAUCAUACGAGGAGGGAAAAGUCACAAGAUAUACAUUUGAAAUUGUUGAUAACAAAGGCCUUUUGGAUGUUGAGCCAAGCACUGACUUGGAGACUGUUGAUCCACUCCAGGUUGGGCCAACAAAGCCAGCUGGCAGCAGCACAAACUAUGAUGAUGCCAUGCAGUUUCUCAAAAAGAAGCGUUACCUCCAGGCGACCAUGGCCAAUAACAGUCGGGAGUAUGCCCUGAACAGCAUCUCCUCACAGCCCUCAGUUACUCAGACAGCUGUGGCCACGGUCAUAGACGAGACUGUACCUGCCACAAUCCUGUCCGAGACUCAGACUCUGAACGUGGAGAUCAAGUCGAGCCAUGAGAAGAAUGUGCUCCCUGAUGAAGUCCUACAGUCUCUCCUGGAUCACUACUCCAUCAAAGCCAAUGGACAACCAGAGAUCAGCUUCAGUGUAGCAGACACAGAAGUAACUUCCAGCAUCUCCAUUAAUUCAUCUGAUGUAUCAGAGAGCAGUCCUACUGAGGCCUUGGGUACUAGCUCCCAAGCACCCACUGCAGAGAAGGCUAGUCUUCUUCAAGAGUAUUCAAAAUUUCUCCAGCAAGCUUUAGAGAGGACCAGUCAGAAUGACAGCUACCUAAACAGCCAGAGCCUAGCGUUUGUGAAUGAAGGAGCAAGCCUUGGAGGGCAGCCUUUAUUUUCCACAGACAAGCAGUUUGGUUCUCCUAGUCGGUUUCGAUCAGGUAUGAACUCUCCGCUGAGACUGGACAAACCUCACUUUGGACUUUUAGUUGAUUCCCAGCACUCAUUCUCAUUUUCAGGUGACGAAACCAACCCGUCUUCAGUGUCACCAACUGAGGACUUUCUGGAGCAGGUGUCCCCCAAAAAGUCAGACACUCAGGGCAUUACUCAAACGUUUCAGAUUGCAACAUUUGAUCAGAACUUUCGAUCUCAGUUCCAGACCAACCGGUCUGUACUAUCUUCACAAUUUAGUGUUUCCAAUGGACAGGUCAGCAUAAGAAGUCAUGGAGGAUCAGACUUUCCAGAAUUCUCUCUCGUUACUGAAACCAGAACUCAAUUGAGCGCCUCUCCAGAUGCCACAAGCAGCCACACAUUUGGCUAAAAAAAAGCUAUUUAAAAAAUUUACUUGUUUAAAAGCACUUUAUAUUCUUGCUCUGCGAAUGUAAGCAGCACCACAUUGGAUGUUCGUCUCAUGGCAAGCAUUUGAACUCCAGAUGUUCUCUUUGUAUUUGGUCAUUGUUUUAAUCACACAGGAUGAGAAUCAUUUUAGGAAGUCGUUUUUGGUUUUCAGCACACUCAUUUAACGUCUGUGUACAUGUAAAAGGCACUUUUCUGUAUUUUCUUUUAAUUCUAAAAGUUCCUCUGCACAUCAUACUGCACAACCAGUCUCUCUAAGAGAGAAUUUACUUUCUUACAGUAACAUACAGAUAAGCUCUUAAAUUUCCAAUGUAAACUCAUGAAUUCAUAAUUUUAUAUAAUGAAAUUAUAUAAUUCUAAGAUAUUUUUGCACAACACUAUGAAGGUAAUAUAAAUUUUUUUUUUUUUUUAAAAAGGCUCUUAAAUUAUAUUGGAGCCCGAUGCAGCUCUGAUGCAUUGGAUUAUUUGUAGGUACCUUGAUUGACACCUUAAUUUUCUUUGUACAAAAAAGGUAUCAUCCAUGGAACUAAUAAUCCAUGACCCUAUGAGAUGAAAUGAAAUUAAUUUAGGUUAUGCUGGGUGAGUAUACCUCAGAUAAUACAGCGUGGGGUAUUGAAUAAAGAUAACAACAUUUAAGUACAUUCCUCAAGUUGUAUUUUUCACUAAUGAAGCUGAUUAAGUAAGCAUACCUAAAAAGUUUUUUCCUGCAUGUAGUGCCUUUUUGUGUAUCUGUGAAUUAUUAAAAAAAGAUUUUUUUUUGUUUGUUUAGUUAUGACCCUGAACCUAAAGAAACGAAUGAUUUUAAAUUUAGCUAAACUGUUACAUUUGCACUUGUAAGGGCGAAAUCAGUGCUUUUUAUACCCGGGAUUUUUGAUUCAACUAGAUCAAUCCCAACCUGAAUAACGAUGUUUAUUUCUCUUUUUUUCUGAAGCACAUUUUCCAGUUUCCUCAUUACAAUUAUGGAUAUCUUUUAUGGGGUCAGAGAUUGGUGAUGUCUUUAUUUGUUAUGUUAUUCUAUUGUGUGUUUGGUAGUUAACCAUCAAAUAUAUGAAAUUGGGAAAUUACAGUUGAGCCAUGUAGCUUUAAUCAUUGUCUUUGAAAUAUGAACUAAAAUUUGCCUUGUCUAUCUCUAAAUUGACAUUCAUGUAUUCAUUGCAUUGUUUGAUGAAACAAAUGGUGCAUGGCUUUGAUCUUUGGUACUUUUAUUUAGUAUUUAUAACCCUAAUUAUCGUUAAUGUAUGUCUUGCAUCUAACAAUGAAUCACAUCAACAUAUAAUUUUUGUAUGUUUUGAUUUCUCUUUUUUUGUGUGUUGAAAUAUCUUAACCAAGUCCCUAAGCUGUAAUUCAUGCAUGCUGGUUUUUAAAACCUACAGGUGUGCCAUGUUAAACUUUAGACCAAAUUCCAUUGUAAAGAGAUCUUUAUUAUAAAUUAUAGUUACAUUAUAGUUACUGCUCAUACUUAAUUUGAAAACAUUCCCACAUUUGACUCUUAGAUGUGUCUCGUUAUCAGCAUAUAUGUUUGUAUGUAUGUAUAAUGAAUAUAAAAAGUCUACACACCCCUGUUAAAUUAACAGAUAUUUCUGAUGUAAAAAAAAUAAAUAUUUUUUUGUUCUUACUGUGAAAUUACAUGUAUAAAAUGUACCAUAACACAUUUUGCUACACAUGGUUUGGGGUGGUUAAGUUGAGCCCACAAUUUUUUUUUUUGUGAGAAAUUGUCCAGACAUGGAAAGAAUGAGACGUCAUUGUCACAUGCUGAGAAUAAACAGUACUUUUCAAAUAUACCUGCAGCUACUUUAAUGUUGCUGUAGAUUGCAUACUAUAUUUCUAGCAGCCUCCUGGGUUAGUUUUUUCUCGUCCUUUUAGAAAAUGCAGAGGGACUUCCUUUUCUUGGUGAUGUCACAGUAUUACUCCAUUUGUUGAUGAUGGCUUCUAAGGAUUUUUUCAGAUGCCCUACAGAAAUAGCUGAUCUUAAAUUGAUGUUAAUAAUAAUAAUUUAAUUGACAGCUACAUUAUAAAUACUUAUGAAUAUGAACAUGGAUGUGAUUGGUUCAUUGGUUCAAAUCAACAAUUAUGAAAGGGUGUGCACAAAACUUUUUUAAAUUCAUCCUUUUUUGUUUUUUUACAAAAUGAUUGAGCAUUUUUCACUUAUUUUUUUAUAGGUUGUAAUUUUGGAGGUGUAAAUUUUUAUUUUUUAUUUUUUUACAUGAUUCAUCUUGUUUUCAUUUAUUUAGCAUCACAAACAUUCUGCCAUUUUAAAAAGGGGUAUGUGGAUCUUUUAUAUCGAUGGUAUGUAUGUAAGUUGUACAUUUUUAACUGCACAUUUUGUAUUGUGUAUGCUAAGAGUGAGAUGGAGAAACUGGUGAUUUUUGGGAUCUCUGUGGAUUUUUAAAUGAAUGUACUCUGUUAAUUCAAUCUGCAUAAUCCUGUUGGUUCUGGCCUCAGUGAACACUGCUCAUGUUACUGUUGAUUCAUAGAGACUAUUUUUUUUCUCUCUGUCACUUCCUGAAGUUGAGAAUACCACAGCAGCUAAUCUGAAUUAAUUUCAGAGAAGCUCAUAACUCUAUUCUCUUGCAUUAUUUAAGCAGAUUCAUAAUUGUGCACUCAACAGAAAGCAGCUUUAUAUAUCAUGCAUAUUCUGAGCACAAUUUGAAGUGUUUUUUUUUAUUUUUAUGUUAGUUAGUUACAGGGUUAAAAUCCAUCAGGUUUCAAAUUAUCCAGGAUUUCACUCAAGUCAAAAUGAAGUGAGAACACUUUUCAUUUACCUUUGUAUGAUAUUGUUUGAUAUUGGUAUACUAGUAUUAUUUUCUUUUACUGCUACAGACAUUUACAUUAAUUCUGACCCCAACCCCAUACAUUGGAAUUAUGGGAGCGUCUAUAUGAAUGAAUAUGCCUCUUUUCCCUUGUUAAAAUUGAUAUAAUUAACUGUUGAUGCUUUCUGAUCUUCUUAGUUAUAGACAUGUCUAUUAUCAAGUUGAUGUGGGGUGCAUGUCCACUGGUUUGUUUUUAUACACUGGUUAUAUAUUUUUAUAUGUAUGUAUUUUAUUGUAGCCAGUUUAUUCCAUAGAACACCAUUCAUUUUAUGCAAUAUAAUGUAUAGAACCUGGAGGUAAACUUUUUUUUCUUGAUUGCAUCUCUUGUGUAUGUCCUUUGAAAUACAACAGAAGAACUUG